AAGGACUUAAACUCUGACUCCCAUACAAUAAUCCACAAGUAAACAAUAAACAUUUUAAGACAUUUGCACUUGAAGCGUUCAGCAUCAGCGAGACGCUUCCAUUUUCUUCAGAACAUUUCAGGUAACUGUGUUAAAUCCCACGCGAGAAUGAGAUCUUCGAGAAAACGCGAACGCAGCACGUCUGUUACGUCAGUUCCGCGUCAGCCUCAGCUUGAGAAAGAUCGUCUAUUGUAAAAAAAAAGACUGACUCCGCGGGGAAAACAGAGACGGGGCCGUUGCCAUAGCAACCCAAAUCCGAUCGGGCAAAAUGAUGAUCCUGUUCAAUGUUUCUUUUAUUUUUUUUUGUUUAUGUCUAAUAACUGUCAUUUAUAAAGUUUAUAUUUUAUACGUAUAUUUAUUUUGUUUUUCCGGUGUUGCGUUCAACCCGUUCCGGUUCUCUGUUUCCAGGAAACCCGGUCAGAGUGAGACGUCUGUCCGCUCUCCGCUGCAAACACACGUCACGUUAGCUGUUAGCGGAGCAGCUGCUCUCAUGUCUCCCCGGCUCUCUCUGCUUGUUCUGGGCAGAAACUCUCCAGCUCUCUGACAGCCUGCUCUCGGUGUGUCUCUCCCCGGACCGCAGGGAUGCUCCGGUUCUGGUUCAAAGCGGCGGUCGUCCUCUCGCUCUUCCCCGGGUGUCUGGCAGCCGCAGCCCGGCUGUACACGGAGGAGGACCCGCUGGUGAUCCUGAGCAGCAGCAGCCUGAAGCCCACCGUCAGUAACUCGUCCUCGGCCUGGCUGGUCCAGUUCUUCUCCUCCUGGUGUGGACACUGCAUCCAGUACUCCAGCACAUGGAAGGCCCUGGCCCAGGACGUCAAAGACUGGCAGCAGACCAUCAGUGUGGCGGUGUUGGACUGCGCUCAGGAGGAAAACUUUGACGUCUGUAAAGAGUACAGCAUCAAGUUCUACCCAACAUUCAAAUAUUUUCGGGCUCACAGUCCAGAGACAGACAGAGGGACGACCUACAGAGGUGCAGACAGAGAGAUCCAGUCAGUGAGACAGUUGAUGGUGAACAUCCUACAGAACCACACCAAGCUGGACUGGCCCGAUCACUGCCCUCCACUGGAACCAUACAGCUCUGUGCAGCUGCUCCCUCUGUUAGGUCAAAGGUCAGAUCACUACACUGCCAUCAUCAUAGAGGAACCAGACUCCUACGUAGGACGAGAGGUGAUCCUGGACCUGCUGCAGUACUCAGGUGUGGAGGUAAAGAGAGCUCUGAGCUCGGAGCUCCCCCUGCUGGACGCUCUGAAGAUCACAACCUUCCCCUCCAUCUACCUGCUGCACCCGAACGCAACACACACACACCUGCACAUUCAGAAGCGGUUGCGUUUCUUCUUCUCCUCCUUGUUGAGGACGUUACCGGGAGUUCAGCGCCGGGUGACGUCGGGCAGCAGCACCAGCGGAGGUCAGAUGGGGGCGCUGCCAGGCAAACCGAGCACGGAGCCCUGGAGAGACUUCGACAGGUCGACGGUGUACACGGCUGAUCUGGAGUCAGCCCUCCACUACCUGCUGAGAGUUGAACUGGCUACCCAUAACACCCUGGAGGGGGAGGAGCUGAAGAUCUUCAAGGACUUUGUCACUUUGGUUGCAAAGUUGUAUCCAGGUGGAGGUUCUGUGGUGAAGCUGAUGGAGACUCUCUCUGAUUGGCUGCUCAGUUUCCCGCUGCAGCGAAUCCCCUACCAGGCUGUCCUGGACCUGGUGGACAACAAGAUGAGGAUCUCAGGUGUGUUCCUGGGGGCGGAGCUUCGCUGGGUUGGUUGCCAGGGCAGCAGGGCGGGGCUUCGAGGUUAUCCAUGUUCCCUCUGGACUCUGUUCCACGUCCUGACCGUCCAACAUGAUGCCACGCCCACCGCACUGGAAAACACAGGUCUGGAGGGCGAGGCGGCUCCGGUGCUGCAGGUGAUGCGUCGCUACGUCAGGACGUUCUUCGGCUGCGAGCAGUGCGGCCGACACUUCGAACAGGCAGCGGCUGUCAGCAUGGACAGAGUCCAGAACAGAGAGGAGCAGAUCCUCUGGCUCUGGAACCAGCACAACCGGGUCAACUACAGGCUGGCUGGCUCUCUGAGUGAUGACCCCCUCUUCCCUAAAGCUCCGUGGCCGAGCCCCUCCCUCUGCUCCUCCUGCCACGAGGAGAAAAAUGGCGUCCACGUCUGGAACCACGACAACGUCCUCCUCUUCCUCCGACAGCACUACGGAGCCUCCAACCUGUCUCCCAAAUACUCCCUGACUCCCCCACGAGUCCCCGCACCUCCUCCUAAUCCCGAUCCUGAUCCUGUAAAGACCAGCCUGCCGCAGGAGGAGCACCGAGGAGGAGGAGAGAGGAAGAAGCCGGAGAGGAAAGCCGAGGAGCAGCCGGAGCCUCGACCCGGACAACGGGCUCAGAGGGGGGAGGAGAGGGGGGCGGCCCUGGGCCGGGGGGGAGCAGGAGGAGCAGCAGAAGGAGGUGUUUGGAUUCUGGGUUUGGGUUUCACCAGUGUGGACAUGAGCCUGUGUGUGGUCCUGUACGUCUGCUCCUGCCUCUUCCUCAUGCUCCUCUUCUUCUUCUUCAAAGUCCGAUCCAGGAGGUGGAAGCUCCGACACUCCCGCCUCCACGUCUGAGCCGGACCGGACCGGCUCGAGCCAGCUCAGGUUCAGGUCCGGGUACGCGGGUCCGAUGUUUAAAACCGUCCACCUCGAUGUUCCGCUCGCUGCUGCGUUACCACGGCAACCACCGAAACUACAGCGAGGGGGGCGAUUCGCCUUUUCACCAGCAGGGAACAGACGGACCCGGCUUCAGGAGACCACCGGCCAGACUGGUUUUAGAAUUCCUGUCCAAUCGGCCGCCAUUUAGUUUGAGGUCACAAUGUCUGACAGAUCACCUGACGGAUCAGCUGACGGAUCACCUGACGGAUCACCUGACGGAUCAGCUGACGGAUCACCUGGGUUUGUGUCUGCAGCUCGAGCUGUUCUGAGAUCAGGUUUCUCAGAUCCGGUUUGAGCUGGAGCAGCUGGUUUUGCUGCAGGAGUCUUUGUUUCUUCUCACUUUCUGUUCGUAGCAGAAUUCACGAACUGCCUUUCUGUCGUCGUCGACGUGCGGAGGACGCCGCCGUCUUGUUUGAAUAACCUUUAUUAGAAUUGUUAGUGUGACAGUAAUAAAUGUAAAUGUGAGGUUCUGGUCACUGUACCCAGGCCUGAUCCGGACCAUACUGGACUGGAUUUGUUGUAUUUAAAGAAUUGGGUUUUAAACAUGGACCGGACUUUCAGGUCUGGAUUUAUUUAUAGUUACAUUUAAAACUGGAUCCUGUGAGCAGGUGUAUGUUCAGAUCUGUGUAUCAGACCUGGACUGAACCUGCUGGACUGAACCUGCUGGUCUGGGUUUAAACGUCUCAGAACUCCACAGGAGGGACGUGGACAUGAUAGACCAGCAGCAUGCUGGGACUGAACUGGACCAGACUGGUUCACUUUGUGCCAAAUGUUUAACCUGCUGACAGACGACACACCUGUCCUCUGAGGCCCCGCCUCCUUGUGUGUGUGUGUGUGUGUGUGUGUGUGUGUGUGUGUGUGUGUGUGUGUGUGAGCCGUCCUGAUGAGACUGAUUGAUUAAUAACAAUUCAUCAGUGAUGUCAUCUAUCAGCUGAUAUCUGAUAUUUUUUUAACAUGAACACGUCUCCGAUCCUUAAAAAACCCAGAUUCGGGACCAGGAUGUGUCCAGAGGGGGACGUUUACGUAUGUCCCCCUCUGGACACACAACAGAGAGGAAAGUGAGACUCACCUGUGUGAAAAUGCUUUUUUAAAAUCCGAACUAUAAUAAGAAAUACUGAGCCGGUGUUCAGCCCGUCUCUGAAUGAGUCUGCGGCCUCGUGAACACCAGACGGUGUACACGUUAUUAAUGUCAUCUCCUGAAUAAAACGCAAAGCCCCAAAUUUAAACUGAUUCCAAACCAUUCCAGGCCUUGAAUUCAGAUAACAUUGUUUCAAGGUUUUUCCAGGACUUUCGGAUCCUGUUGACGUUUGUUCGGGAAGAACCGCGGCGGUCGCCAGCGACGCCGAGUCGCCGCCGCUGAGAAGGAGUAUUAAAAAUGAAAUGUUUUUAAAAACGUACGUCAUCGGGACGAUUCAUCAGUGAUGUCAUCUAUCAGCUGACGAUGUGAUGUCACAGCGGUGUUUAUUUCUGUUUUCAUAUUAAACGUCCCAAACACCUGAAUGUGAUGAGUCGUGUGACUGUUUAACAGGUGACAUCAUCUCGGUACACCUUGACGCCGCUGUGUGACGACGGCAGAAUAAAACUUUUCUUUUAAUCAGACCGCGAUUUAAAAACAAAGUGAGUUAUUUUCCUACAUUGUGAAUAAUACAUUUAUUUGUGUCCAAGUUUGGAUUUUUUUAUUUUUAUCUGGUACAAUGUUAAAAUGUUCAAAACAAUAAAAAAAAAAAAAAAAAGUAAAAUGCUCAAAUUGGAAAAUGAAAAAAGCGCAUAAUUAAAGUAAAAAUGGAAAAGCUUCAACAGACGGAAACAGAAGAAUUUCAGUUUUUGAUUUCAGGUUUUUAAAUUUCCAUUUCACAGGAACUGUUUGUCAUUUAAAUAUUUACUUUUUGUAUUUCAUCACGGUCAGAUUAUUAUUAUUAAGAAGCAGUAAAAUCUGUUUAAAUCUCCUCUUUUUGAUCUUGUUCUUCUUCUUCUUCUUCUUCUUCAUUGUAUUUCUUUAUUUGAACCCUUUCUCCGGCUGAGGCGAGCCUCCAUACAUCCCCGCGAGCGCAGUCUGACAGUUGGUAGUGACACCGCGUGGCUUCAGGUAGACGCACCUGUUGCAGGCCGGCAGCGGCGAUUCGCACUGAUGUUUCCUGAUUGGCUGUUUAUUUGUGCGGCGGCCGGAGUUCCGCAGUGACGGAGUGACGAGUCGGGAGCUGCCGCUGUGGAUUCCCCCGACCGUCCUCAGUCUCUGGGGACAAAAACGUCCCGAUGGCCGUUUGUCUGCCGGUGCCUGAACUCGCCGUCUCACAGCUUCCAACCAACCGACUCUGCGUCUGCGUCACUUUGUGUUUUUGUGAUGAAUUAUUUCACUGAGAUGUAAAUAAUGUGUCUGAAUAAACGAUGUUGCCGCAGC